ACACACAGCAGCAGCAGCAGCAGAACUCCAUUCUCUUCUCGUGGGUUCAGAGGGAGGAGAGCAGUAGCUUGGGUUGGCUGGGGAGGGAGCCAUGGCGAUGAGCGGGCUCGGGGGUGUGAUUGCGGGCGCCGUGGCGAAACAGAUCGUCGGCAAGCUGUUUGCCGGAGGCGAAUACGCCGCGGCGGAGAUCACUCUGCAGUGGAGGUACCGGGAGGACGUGCUAGAGAUGGCGGAGAAGAUGAAAGAUCUGGAGGCCGUGCUGGGCGACGCCGACGAGAGGUCGCGCCGAGGAGGCGAGGGCGGAAUGGUGUUCCAGCGGUGGCUUACCAAGUUUAAGCGCGUCGCCUACGACGUCGAGGAUGUGCUGGACGAGCUGGACGCCAAUGAGCUCAUCAGCAAGACCCAAUCCAAGGUCAAUUUGUGUUUUUCCAGGAACAAUCAAUUCCUGCAGCGAAUAACCAUGCCCCACAAGAUGAAGAAAGUGACCAAGAAAAUAGACGAAAUUGAGAAGGAGGGCAGGAGGAGGCUCAGUCUUGUGCCUCUAGAAGCAAGGGGAGAAGGGAACAGAAACAAUGAAACUUUCGCAGCCAACUGGAAUGGUCAUGGCAUGAAAACUGGAAUGGUGGGGAGGGGUGUCGAGAAGGAAAAGAUAAUCAGCCUGCUACUCACAAGUGAAGAAGCUAACAAGGAUAUCUCCAUCAUCCCAGUUGUUCGCCUUGGCGGCAUAGGCAAGACGACAUUGGCUGAAUCGGUUUUUGCAGACAAGAGGGUCGGUGUCUUCGACAUCUCGAUCUGGGUUAAUGUGUCCAAGCAGUUUGAUUUGCACAAAAUUGGGAGUGCAAUCCUGAGAAGCAUUAUGAAUAGCACUAUUAACCUUGACAACUGCGAUUUGCAAUUUCAUCUGAAAAAAGAACUUUCUACUAGAAGAUACUUGAUUGUUCUGGAUGAUCUCUGGGAAGAAGAUGGAGAUAAUCUUGAAAGGUUGAAGGAGAUGUUACAGCAUGGCCGCAAGGGUAGUCGUAUUAUAGUAACUACACGAAACCUGCGGGUAGUGCAACAAUUGCGCACUGGUUUUCUUGCAAAUGAGAGGAAAAUUGUCCCAGUUCCUGAGUCUGACAUAAUCGAUUUGGGUGUUUUAGAACCUGGUGACUGUUGGGAAUUAAUAAAACGAAGGGCAUUUGGGCCUGAUGAUGACCACAGUGGCUUGGAAGAAAUUGGAAAGCAGAUUGCAGCAAAGUGUGGGGGUUUACCGCUCGUGGCAAAUGCUCUUGGGCAAGUAAUGUCGGACAUAAAGACCGCGGGGGCAUGGGAAGAUAUAAGAGACACCAAGGUUGAUUUGGAAUUCAAAAUGUGUUUCACGUACUUGGCAGCCUUCCCCAAGGGCUUUGUCAUGGACAGAAAUCGUCUAAUCCAGCAAUGGAAUGCACUUGGAUACAUUUGUCCGGGCUACGAUGGCCAAAGGUGUAUCAACUACCUUCUAGGGAUGUCCUUUCUUCGGAUUCCAGGAUCCGCUUCGGUUAGUCCAAGUCCAUUGCAUCUCAAAGCUCCUCCAGAUCUCGUCAUGCAUGAUUUGGUUCAUGAUCUUGCAUCAAUAAUUGCUGCUGAUGAAUUUAUUGAUCUGGAUGCUACCAAAAGCACCAGCUGGAACAAAGCUCGUUACUGCCGACAUGCACAGUUAACCAACUUUAAGAAUGAUCCCAAGGUUUUCAAAUAUAUUCCACGCAAGCUUAGGUCCCUCCACUUCAGGGAUUUGGGGGUACUGCAACUCCCGAAAAAGGCAUUUUCUCGAUCCAAGUACUUACGUGUCUUGGACCUAAGUGGGCAUUCAGCUAAAGGCCAAUCUGCUCCAAGGAGUGUGGUGCUGCCAUCUUCAAUUAAUCAAUUGAAGCUAAUUAGGUAUAUUGAUGCCACAGGCUUGCCAAUAAAAUCACUUCCUAAGCAUUUUCAUGCACUUCAAAACAUGGAAACUCUUAUUCUGUCCAAUUCCUUGCUUCAAACCUUGCCUGACAGUAUUUGUCGCCUCAACAAACUUUGCUAUUUGGACCUAUCUUUCAGUAGCAGCCUCAGUAAGCUACCUGCACCGCUAGGAGAACUCUCUCAACUCUUUUUUCUCAAUCUAUCCGGGUGUUGUACACUGCAAGAAUUGCCUGAAUCAAUUUGCAAGCUUAAAUGCUUGCAUCACCUAGAUAUGUCAGGCUGUUGUGGUCUUCAAAAGCUCCCUGAUGAAUUUGGUAGCCUUCUUAAACUCUCAUUCUUAAACUUGUCGAGUUGUUCAAAGCUCACCAAACUACCUGACAAUGUUAGCUUUCCAUGCUUAGAACAUCUGAACCUAUCAAGUUGCCAUGAGCUAGAAAACCUGCCAACUGAUUUCGGCCACAUUCGGAAACUUGAGUUCCUGAACCUCUCUGGUUGCUACAAGGUUUCAAUGCUGCCAGGAUCAUUCUGCCAACUUAGUCACUUGAAAUACCUAGAUCUUUCAGAUUGUCAUAACCUUGAAGAACUCCCUGAAUGUUUUGAUCACCUCUGUGAGCUUCAAUAUUUGAACCUAACAAAUUGUCCUAAGAUCCAACAAUUGCCUGAGUCGCUAUGCAAGUUGUUUAAGUUGAGGUGUCUCUAUUUGUCAUACUGUCUAGGGCUCAGUGAGCUCCCCUCCUCAUUUGGUGACCUUAAGCUUCAAAUACUGCACAUGAAUGGCCUUCCAAAAAUGUAUAACUGCCCUGAUAGCAUUGGCGACAUGACUAGUCUCACCCAGUUGGUGGUUGACAGUGCAACUUCUAAUUUGCUUGAAAAGGUUCUAGCCAUUCGAAAGCGUCUAAAUCUUGUGGGCACAAUAGUGCAUCAGGUACAUGAGAUAGAGAGUAGAGGAUGCAGCAGUAUAGUGGAUCUUGCAGGAUUGACUUGUUCAGAUCUGUUACUUAGAGGCCUUCAGAAUGUCAAGCGUCCAGAAGAUGCAGACAGAGUCAAACUGCGUGAUAAAUCAGAUAUUCGAGCACUAAAACUUCAGUGGGAAAGUGAAGGAGCUGAAUCUGUGCUGGACAGGCUCAUACCUCCUCGGACUCUUGAAAACUUUUGGUUACUUGGGUAUAGGAGCAAGGAUUUCCCUGACUGGAUGUUGCACAUCUCGUCCUACCUCCCUUUUCUCAGUGAACUGACCCUUCAUGGUUUGGAAGCAUGUGAUUGUCUUCCUCCAUUCGGGGCACUGCCAAAUUUAAGAAGGCUGUGUGUGAGGAACAUUCCCAACAUUAGGAAAGUCGGUAAGGAAUUCUACGGAGAUGGCAGAACUUGUAUGAAACUAAGAGUGCUGAUAUUGGUGUCGAUGGAGAAUUUGGUGGAAUGGUGGACAACAGAGUCAAGUACAGAAAACGAAGAGUUUCUUAUCCCUAAUUUGCAUCUUUUGGAGGUACUGGACUGCCCAAGGUUGAAGUUUCUACCAUAUCCCCCAAGAAGUAUGAUUUGGGCUUUGAGCAACAGCGAGACAGUUUUGCCAGAACGGGGAUUUGGAAAACUCUCGUCUUCCGUUCGCCCUUCUAAGGUGAUUCUAAAGCAUUGUAGUUUCACUGAAGACAAGUGGGAUAGACUUCAAUACUUUCCUUCACUUGAGAUAUUUCAUUUAGACUCCGUCAGUGGUUUCCGGACUUUGUCAGAGGUCAUCCUAUGCUUCACCUCUCUCACUGGACUACAUUUAUGGUCGUUGAAGGACCUGGAGACACUCCCGACAUGGUUAGGCCACCUGGGUUCGCUACAAGUCUUUGACAUCCGAGAUUGUUGCAACGUGACAUCUUUGCCUGAAAGCAUGAAGAACCUUGCCGCUCUUAAAAAACUGAAGUUAAAAAAGUGCAACGGCCUGGAGAUGCUGCCGGAAUGGUUGGGACAGUUAAGUUCUCUAGAAGAAAUUUUAAUCGACGAUUGCCCCAAACUAACAUCUUUGCCUGAAAGCAUGAAGGACCUCAUCGCUCUUACGGAUCUGACGUUGUUAGGGUGCAAUGGCCUGGAGAUGUUACCGGAAUGGUUGGGACAGUUGACUUGCCUAGAAGAACUUAUCAUCGGCCUUUCUCCCAACCUGACAUAUUUGCCUGAAAGCAUACGGAAUCUCUCUGCUUUGAAGGUACUCAAAAUUGUUGCAUGUCCAAGUCUAGUUGCCAGGUGCGAAGGGGAGAAUGCCCACAAGAUUCGUCACAUCCCCAGAGUCGAAUUCUGGCGUCCAAGGAGUUAAAAACUGUGGAGCAACGUGCUGUUCUGUUGUACUACAAAAUUGUGCAGAGCUGGGAAACACUUGGCCAAGUGUAGGAGAGGAACAGGGUGGAAAUUAUGGACUCACUCUGCCCUUUGGUCAGGGCGCGACGAGGUGGAGGUGUGCACCGACGACCCUGGUUCCUCAUCUUCCUCCUCUGAGGCCAUCGUCGCCGCACACCUCUCCAUCUUUGCUCCGGUGUCAGACAUACAUGGUGCUCUACCCUAUAUACUCCAUACUUGUUCGCUCUGGCCGUGCAACUAGUGUUGGAGGUUGUCUUGUUGGUCCCAGGUGCUGCAGAGGAGGCAAUUUUCAUCUUGCCAUAAUAAUAUACAGAUGACAUCCACAUGACUUGUCAAUAAUUACUGUUGUAUAAUUCAGAAAGGAAUUAAACUUCAUGGUUCUUCUGCCCGAGGAGAGGAACCCCUGCUAUAUAUUCCCC